AUGAUAGUGGAGAGUGAUAUUGCUUGCAUUGAGCAACUUAGGAUGGAUCGUCGAACGUUUAAUAUCUUCAUUUCAUUGGUUCGUGAAGUUGGAGGGUUAAGAGAUACUAAGAACAUGGUAGUGGAAAAAAUGCUUGCUAUAUUUUUGCAUCUACUUGUAUUUGAGGAGAAGAAUAGGGAAAUAAAAUAUGAUUUUCAAUGGCCAGGAGAAACUAUAAGCAGACAUUUUAAUAAUGUGUUAAAAGCUGUGUUAAUACUUUCGAGUUUGCUCCUCAAGAAACCUGAACUGAUUCCCGAGAAUAGCACAGAUGAAAGAUGGAAAUGGUUCAAGAAUUGUGUAGGUGCUAUUGAUGGGACUUUGAUGGAUGUAAAUAUGUUUGCGAUAGAUAAAUCACAUCAUAGGUCAAGAAAAAAUACCAUCUCAACAAAUGUUUUAAGAGCUUGUGCACCGGAUAUGCAAUUUAUAUAUGUUUUGGAGGGUUGGGAAGUUCAGUUGCCGAUGGAAGAGUACUUCGAAAAGAAAAUUUAUCAUGAAUGGAGAAGGGGGUUGGAGCAACCAUGCUCUAAGGAAGAGUUGUUCAAUAUGAGGCAUGCUUCAGCUAGAAAUGUGAUUGAACGAGCUUUUGGUCUGAUGAAAGUACGGUGGGAAGUUCUUGCCAAAGGCACCAAGUACCCUCUCAGCACUCAAAUAAAUAUAAUAUUGGCUUUUGUGUAUAUUCAUAACCUUAUUCGCCAACAAAUGAGCGUUGAUCCAAUGGAAGCUAUUUUAGAUGCAUAUAUGGAAGAAGAAGGAGAUAAUGAUGAAAUUGAAGAUGAUGAAGACUACAUUCAAAAUUGUGACGCAUCUGAAGAAUGGACUAAUUUUAGAAACACAUUAGCUCAAGAUAUGUAUGAUGUAUUCUUGGCCAGGAGACAUUAG